GAGAGCCGGCUGCCCAGCCCCUGACCAAGAUUUUAAACGGGCAAGUUUUGUUCCGGAGACCCCCAUGACUUUAGCUUCGCUGCCAGGAGGAGAGCCGACCUGCGAUUUGGGAGUUUGAGGAGCUGGUCUUGAACUUGAUGAGUAAACCUUUGCAUGUUCUGAACGAAUGGAUCGCCUGUCUAACAAAUUCUACCUCCUAAUGCAAACUGUACGGAGACCAGUUGUUUCAUAUGGAAUUAAUAUAUGUGAUCAAUCGUACCAUUUAAAAAAAUGCUCUGCAUCCCACCGCAUCCUAGCAGGGGCCCAGGCCCCUGGUGGGUGGAAAUGUAGUCUUCUCUUCCGGAUCACUAAAUGUGGUCCAGAUUCAAGGUUGCACCGGAACAUUUUCUUACUCUGUUAGGGGAUCUACACUGGAAACAUCUCUGAAGCCCUCUCAGCAUCCUGUCUGUGGCCUACUACACAGUUGCACUUAACUUUCACAAAAAGGAGUACACAGAAUAGCUGCGUAAGGCCAAUCCCGAACUUAAUGAAGGAUGUCAGAGUGGGAGCAUUCUGAUGUGCCAGUGUCCUCAUCCUGCAGUGUGUUCCGUUUUCUCCCCUUUCCGAAAAAAAUGGUAUUAAAAUAUUUUGUGAAAUAAGAAGCUCCUUUUACAUUUUUAAUGACCAACAUGCACAUCUGUUCUAAAGAAUACAAAGUCCUAUGGUCUUGAAGAAGGAAGCGCCCAUUUAAAACUGACCCUGAAUAAAAACAGACCUGAAUGGACGUCAGAAUGUUUGUUAGUGGCAGGAGAGUAAAAAAAUGGCAAUUUAUUCAGUUAUUUGCCACUUGUUUUGUACUAAGCCUCAUGUUCUUCUGGAUACCGAUCGAUAACCACAUCGUGAGCCACAUGAAGUCCUACUCUUACAGAUACCUCAUAAAUAGCUACGACUUUGUGAAUGACAGCCUGUCUCUUAAGCGCAGCGAGGAUGGGGCUCCUCGCUACCAGUACUUGAUAAACCAUGAGGAGAAGUGUCAAACACAAGACGUCCUGCUCUUACUGUUUGUAAAGACUGCUCCUGAAAACUACAAUCGCCGUUCUGCCAUUAGGAAAACAUGGGGCAAUGAGAAGUAUGUUCGCUCUGAACUUAACGCCAACAUUAAAACUCUGUUUGUCUUAGGAACACCUUCUGACCCACUGACAAGAGAAAGACUUCAGAGAAGACUGGUUUGGGAAGAUCAGAUGUACAAUGAUAUAAUUCAGCAAGGCUUUGCUGAUUCUUUCUAUAAUCUUACUCUUAAAUUUCUUCUGCAGUUCAGUUGGGCAAAUAGCUUUUGUCCACAUGCCAAAUUCCUUAUGACUGCUGAUGAUGACAUAUUUAUUCACAUGCCAAAUCUUAUUGAAUACCUUCAGAGUUUAGAACGAAUUGGUGUUCAAGACUUUUGGAUUGGUCGUGUUCAUCGUGGUGCCCCUCCCGUCAGAGACAAAAACAGCAAAUACUAUGUCUCCUAUGAAAUGUACCAGUGGCCGGCUUACCCUGACUAUACUGCAGGAGCCGCCUACGUGAUCUCUGGUGAUGUAGCCGCCAAAGUCUAUGAGGCAUCACAGACACUUAACUCUAGUCUUUACAUAGACGAUGUGUUCAUGGGCCUCUGUGCCAAUAAAAUAGGGAUAGUACCACAAUACCAUGUGUUUUUCUCCGGGGAAGGUAAAACUCCUUAUCAUCCCUGCAUCUAUGAAAAAAUGAUGACAUCUCAUGGGCAUGUAGAAGACCUUCAGGACCUUUGGAAGGAUGCCACAGACCCAAGAGUAAAAAUGACUUCAAAAGGUUUCUUUGGUCAAUUAUACUGCAGAAUAAUUAAGAUAGUCCUCCUUUGCAAACUGACCUGUGAGGAUACGUAUCCGUGUAGGGCUGCCUUUGCCUAAUAGUACUUGAAUGUUGUAUGUUUUCACUGUCACUGAGCCAGACGUGGAUGAAAAAACCUUUAAAUGUUUGUCUAUACCAUAAGUGAAAUGAAUAUGAAGAACAAAGAAAUAUUUUGAAAGCCCUGUCUAUCAGAAUGUUUCUUUGAUUCUAGAAGCCCUUCAAUAUAACUAAUCUACUUCAUUGCCUAAAUUCAUAUCAAGGAAUUUAUAUUUAGACAAGGUUUAUGAAAACAAAACUAAAGGGAAUUUCAAGUUCACAGUACCACGUGUAUAUUAGAGGUGUAGAGAAGUUAUUAAGGUGCCUAGGUGUUAGAAUAACUGCUUUUGGAAAAUACCAAGUAAGUGUAUAGUACAACAUUUCAAAGAAAUGGAUAUAUUGUUAGACCAGGUAUACAAGUUUAUUUUGAUUAAAGAGCACUUGAUGGAGUUGGUGGAGGCAGGAGAGGAUUGGCCUAGAAGAAAGUACAUGAAUCUGGUAAAAGAAAGUUUCCUCUUCUUCAGAGGAGAUUUAGGAAAAUGUACACAAUUUCUUUAUAAACUGUCAAAUCACUUACUGUCACAUCCAUGUAGCUAUUUUACCUGGACACUGUUGGAGUCAUUUUAAAUAUAUUCAUAUCUUUUUUUCAAAGUUUAAUGUGAAAUUUGAGGAGUCAUUAGUUCUGCCCUAACUAGUACUUUAUUAUGGUUCUUUUUGAUUAUUAGAAAAUGACACAAAACAUGGACAGUGUCUUACUCAUGGGGUCCUUCUCUAGAGAGAAAUCAUUGUUAAUUCAAAUAAGCUGAUUUUAAUUUAAUGAAUUUUUCAACUGGUUUUUAAAUAUUCAAUAUGGGUCUGUUUUUAAGGCAGCUAUUUGAAUGUAAGUUUACAUAGAGGAAUAUAAUAAUGAAGAAUUCAAAAGGAAAGAUAGAACAUUAAAAGCCUCUUUUCUCCAUAAUUUAUAAAAUAAAAGUUUUAGUGUCUAAAUUGUAUUGAUUACUAAAAUUAGCCUACCCCUCUCCAACAGGGUCUCAUAAACCACAGACUUUGUUCUGAGUUCAGCUUUUAAUUGAGAGUAUUAAACAUCAAAUCGAAGCUGUAGUAUUUUAAAAAAAUCUACUCUUUCAUCACAACAACUGUCAGAGGUUAUCUUCAACUUAUAAAUAUUUCCAACUUCAAAGUAGAAUGAAAGUGAUAGAAACGUCACCAGAAUGAGAUUUAAAGCAUUUGUAAAGCUGUAGGUUUCUUGUAAUCAAAGAAAUGUGGCUGAGAUCCAAUAGCGCAUUACAUUUAUUUUACAGAGCAGGAUAAAAAUGUGGCUAUGAUGCAAACAACCUCCCCUCACUACAGAAAGAACUAGGUGAUGUCUGUUGUUAGGGGGAUUAUAUGAAAGCCAAAAUAGUGACUUCAGCAAAAGCAGUCGAACUGAUGAUAAACCCCUUGUCUGCAGAGGCUCCUGUUAGGGAAAACUAAGAUGUAUCACUUAGUAAGAUGUCUGAAACAUGCAAAAAAACUAAAAAAGAAUUCUCAGUAUACACAACUGGAUGCUGAUAUGUAUAAUUUGUUGCAGGUAGCUUCUCAAUGUUUACAGAAAUUUUUUGUUAAUUUUUUUCUAUUUUGAAAAUUGAAGCUUGUUUACAUUGAUUGCUCAGAUAAUUUAAAAUUUUUAACUCAUGUCAAAACUAUGGUAUCAAACAUUCUAGUUUUUAGUUACUUUCAGAGUAGGUUCAGGGUUUUUAGAUCAUUACAGUUUUAAUUUUCUGACCAAUUUAAAAAACUGUAGAGAACAAAAGCGUAUUUUGACAAACCAGGUUUAUAAUUAAUUUUUAUUAGUUGAUUCUUUAAUAACCAUUUGCCUUUUGGCCAUAUAUAUGCCCUGUGUAUCUAUACUUGUAACUGUUUAAAUUUGCCAGUGGUUGAAAACAUCAGUGUCUCUCUGGCCAUCAAAAUGAUCUUGUUUACAGCAAUACUUUUGUGAAACAGUUAUUUAUUUGUGAAAGAGCUCCCCUCAAUUGUGUUCAUCUUUUUAUUUUUGCUUAAAAUAGAAUGAAACAGUUAAAUAUGAAGGAAAUAUGAAGGUACUUCCUUUUUUUAAUAAGAAGGAAAUUGCUAGACUCUUCCUUCAUCAGAUUUAAAGUACUGAGAAGAUUAAUUGUAAAUAAAGGAUUCCAACCUUUUAAAAAGGAAGGAAAAAACUUUUUGGUGCUCCAGUGCAAGGCUGUCUUUUAAAAAUCAUCAGUAAAGGGAAAAUAAACUCUUAGCCUGGAUGGUCAACUGACAGUUAUACACAGUGUUAUUGCUAAAAACUUUUUACCUCUUGGUUGGUUUGCGUCUUUUUUCCAUAUUAUUAA